GCUCCACGCUGACCGGUUACACAGAGAGGAAACAAUAAAUCUCGGCUACCAUGCAAUAAAUAUCUCAAGUUUUACUGAAGGAAACUAUCAUUAUAGUGAAAUAAAAUAAUAAUAAUAAUAACGUUUAGGACAAAUCUAAGAAAUGGCUUGUUUUCUAAGAUUCUUCUACAAACGCUUGCUUUGAGGGGGAGAAAGUCAAGGAACCAAGCAGUUUUACCUGAAAUAAAGAACUAGUGUAAAGGUCAGAAGAAAGGAGCGGGUUUUGCGGAGAGGCACGGACGGAGAGCGCUGGCAGCACAAUGACAAUUUUCCUCUCCUUUGCCUGCCUCGCUGCCAUUGUGACUCACGUAGGGUGCAGCAACCAGCGCCGGAGUCCAGAAAACGGUGGCAGAAGAUAUAACCGGAUUCAACAUGGGCAGUGUGCCUACACUUUCAUUCUUCCAGAGCAGGACGGGAACUGUCGUGAGAGUACCACAGACCAGUACAACACUAACGCCCUGCAGAGAGAUGCUCCACACGUGGAACCGGAUUUCUCUUCCCAGAAACUUCAACAUCUGGAGCAUGUGAUGGAAAAUUAUACUCAGUGGCUGCAAAAACUCGAGAAUUACAUUGUGGAAAACAUGAAGUCGGAGAUGGCUCAGAUACAACAGAACGCGGUUCAGAACCACACGGCCACCAUGCUUGAGAUAGGAACAAGCCUCUUGUCCCAGACGGCAGAGCAGACCAGGAAACUCACAGAUGUGGAGACCCAGGUUCUAAAUCAAACAUCUCGGCUUGAAAUACAACUGCUGGAGAAUUCAUUAUCAACAUAUAAGCUAGAGAAACAACUUCUUCAACAGACAAAUGAAAUUCUAAAGAUUCAUGAAAAAAACAGCUUAUUGGAGCAUAAAAUCUUAGAAAUGGAAGGAAAGCACAAGGAAGAGUUGGACGCCUUAAAAGAAGAGAAGGAGAACCUUCAAGGCCUGGUUGCUCGUCAGACGUACAUAAUCCAGGAGCUGGAGAAGCAGCUGAACAGGGCCACCACCAACAACAGUGUCCUUCAGAAGCAACAGCUGGAGCUGAUGGACACAGUCCACAACCUUGUCAACCUUUGCACCAAAGAAGGUGUUUUACUAAAGGGAGGAAAAAAAGAGGAAGAGAAACCAUUUAGAGACUGUGCAGAUGUAUACCAAGCUGGUUUUAAUAAGAGUGGAAUCUACACUAUUUAUAUUAAUAAUAUGCCAGAACCCAAAAAGGUAUUUUGCAAUAUGGAUCUUAAUGGGGGAGGUUGGACUGUCAUACAACAUCGUGAAGAUGGAAGCCUGGAUUUCCAAAGAGGCUGGAAAGAAUAUAAAAUGGGUUUUGGAAAUCCCUCUGGUGAAUAUUGGCUGGGGAAUGAGUUUAUUUUUGCCAUAACCAGUCAGAGACAGUACACACUAAGGAUUGAGUUAAUGGAUUGGGAAGGAAACCGGGCCUAUUCACAAUAUGACAGGUUCCACAUAGGAAAUGAGAAGCAAAACUACAGGUUAUAUUUGAAGGGCCACACAGGGACGGCAGGAAAACAGAGCAGCCUGAUCUUACAUGGUGCUGAUUUCAGCACUAAAGAUGCUGAUAACGACAACUGUAUGUGCAAGUGUGCCCUCAUGCUUACAGGCGGCUGGUGGUUUGAUGCUUGUGGCCCCUCCAACCUUAACGGAAUGUUCUACACUGCGGGACAAAACCAUGGAAAAUUGAAUGGGAUAAAGUGGCACUACUUCAAAGGGCCCAGUUACUCUUUACGUUCCACAACCAUGAUGAUUCGACCUUUGGACUUUUGAAGGCACAAUGGUGGAAUCCCGUAGGAGAGCAACAAAGCACUCUGGAGCACUACCAGAUGAGACACUGUUUGGAAACUCCUAAAGCAAACAAUUUUAUCUUCUUUACGGCGAAUGGUAGUUAUGUGAAGUCAGCAUGGUUCUUGACUGUGGAUUUGGAGCCUUUUGAGUUCACUGAAGUCUGUGUGGGGUCACCAUGUGCAUAUGGUUUGACUCUAAAGGAUGCCUUCCAUUGUCAUGCUUGAAAAGGGAAGAGACUGUUCAGCUCACUGUGCUUCAAACUGCUAUGGAUCCUAACAUGGAACAAUGGUAACCAGAUGGCAAAUAUGGUUUAUUUCAUGUAAAACAAAAAAGACAAGAAAAGAGAGAGAAAGAAGUGAAUGAAAAAGAAAAGAAUAUACCUGAAGAAUAGGAACAGGCAUGACGUAAUUCUUUGGUAAAGAUGUAUUAUACAAGUGAAAUAGUGUUAUAGCUAUGCAAAUUUACUAACAAGUUCAUACUGUUGCACAAUUUUGAUAAAAGAAAAAAGAAAAAAAAAACCCUUGCAUUGUCUUCUAAGUUGGUUAGAUGGCAACAGAUGUCAAAAGCCCAAUUCCAAUGUCACACUUAAUCGUUGAUUUAAAUUAACCCAUUUCCAAAUGCAAACUCCCUAUUUAAAAGUCAUAACGAAUUGUAGUCUAUGGAGGAAAUAAUGGUGUCUUAUAGAAACACACUUCAGACUGGGAUUUUUUUUUUUUUUGACACAGUUUUCAGAAAAAAAAGCCAUAAUCCAACAUGAACAGAAUAGGUGAACUGUUUACUUCCCUAGGCUACAGUUUUCAUAUAUGUUUAAAAAUGCAAUGAUCUUUAAAUGUAUUUAUAGCCUGUGUGAAUUUUAAAGAAUGUGAAAAAUACUACAAAACUCUUAAAACUCUUAAAAUAAUAUACAUGCAUUUACUAUUUCCUUUGCUAUUACAUAAGAAAGCAGUUUUUGGAAUGUAUUAAGUUGAAGUAAAUUCAAGUAAACUGGAGCAGUUCAUUUUAUAGUAUCUCCCUGCAUGUGUAUACAUAUGAGUAACUUCAUAAUUAUAAAAAUGUUUUCAGUUCAUUUCAGUCUUUCAUUUUUCAUGCUAUUUUAAUUUUUGCCAGUUGACUGAAACAUGUUUUCCAGACUCACCAUGUUCCAGUUUCUAUAAAAAAUACAUUUGAAAUUUAUAAAAAUAAAAUUGUACAUAGCAAUGUUUAUAUUCUCGAGAAACCAUUUAGCUGUUUAAUCUGGUAUAUGCAAAGUUGUCCUUAUUUGAUGCAUAUGAACAUGAGUGUUCAGCAAAUCC